CUACCAACCUUUUCCGCCUCGGAAGCUGUACGACGCAAAAUUUACAAGUUGAUGUUCCUUUGCCGGAAGCUGAGCGAAAUCGAUAAAAUGUUUGGCAAACUAUCAGAGGUCCUGCAAACGGCGGCCGAUGUGCUUGCUCCCCCUCCAACAGCGUUGCAGGACUUUGACUAUCACUACCGAUUGAUCAAAAACUUCUACAUCGCCGACAAAACCCUACCAAAAAUCCACAUCAACGAUACCAACAUUCCAACACACCUUGACCAAAUGCUAGCGAUAUUGAUACGCGAGGAGCAGCAGCAACUGGAAGCGUACGCGAAAACAGACACCAAUGAUACGUGUGACGCUCCAUCGAGCAGCACAGAAACGCCAGCAAAGGCCACCGAAAUGCUACCAUCGAAGGCAGAGUGCAUGGAGUUCGUCCUCAAUAACCGACCCCUCGACGUACUGGUCGAGUUUGCCGUGAACGACACACCACCCGGGGCGCGCUUUAUCAUACUGAACUGGAUUCGACGAUUCCUGUCCUGCCUAAAGUGUCCACCGUUGGGGCACGCUAGCAUUUUCCAACCCGUGCAACGGUUGGUCGAACUAUGCAACGGCACCUUGGCGUCACCGUACGAGCGCGAGGAGAUACUUUUUCUUGAAACGGUGGCCGGGCUCGUACGCAAGGAUUCCAUACUGGUCAAUCUGUUCCUAAAGUCACACCACCAUUCCGCACAAAUGUUAUCGAACUGGAAAGGGCUAGGGGUGGCGAAGCCUCCGGUGAACAAUCCACUAUUUAUGAGCACCAAGAUUGAUUACGAUUCUCGACGGAUUUCGCUGGUAACGGAAGACAGUGGAGGAACGGUGGCGGCCAGUAAGGGGGGAGUAGACGAGCAACGCGCGGUGAACGAUACCGAUGUGGAGCGACAGGGAAAGGUUGAACGCUGUGAUUGCGAUGAUGAAGAUCAUUUUAUCCUCUUCGAUGCCAUCGUUAGUUAUUUGGACAGUGCCGAUAGCACAAUAGUCGUGCGGGCCUGUGAGGGUGUCCUCAUUUUGGGCUCACUAGCUACGCUGCAAAAGUCGUGCAAAGCCAUACGCAACACCAUCGGUCGGUUUUCCACCAUGAUGGCCUCACGACUCGCGGCCAACUGCCAGCAAAUCCCGGAGGAUAUGGACACCGGCGACAUCGAGGAUGCUAACGUCACAUGGGGUCUGUUUCCGCGUGAUCCCGAACAGCCGCACUACAUUGGCCGCUAUCAGCUGACGGCUUUCCUGUGCUGGUUGGACUAUUGCGAUUGCCUCAUGAAGGAGUGUCCGCUGAUAGUACCGGAGUUGGGUCCGCGCAUUCGCGAGGAAAUGCUGAUCAAUUACGUUGAGCAGGCCCUGCUGGGAUGUUUUGCGCCGUUCAUGCUGGUCCUGACUGCGAAGAUUAUUAAGAAAACACAAUCGAGGGCCCUUUUGGAUGAAAUUGCGAAUUGGCUUAUCGGAGAGGAUGAGCUGAUGGAUGUUAACAACUGUUUGCUUACGAUUUUGAUCGAGAACGCCCACGAAAACACGGACAUACUUCUACCCACGUUGCAGUUUGUUGAGUCGCUUUUGGACAACCCUCAUGAAAAGAUUCUUCAUGGCAUGCUGUUCUUUUACAUCAACAACCGAGGCUACUAUGAUGCAACUGCGCAAACCAUACAAUCGUGGUCGGACGAAGAGGAUAACCGCGAGCGACGAAGGGGUAGCGCUGAAGAUCCGAUCAAGUCGCGUACCCUGGCACCGAGUAACAUCCUGCGGGUAAUCAAUCACUUCUUGUUGCUUUUGCCGCGUCAAAUUAUCAACGACGCCGGAGGCAUUUGCUACGAGGAGUACAUGCAGGAUGCCCACCGCCACUACCAAACGUGGAUCAGCAAGACGCACGGUUUCAACUGGCCUGUCGAGGCCGUCUGGCCGGACAGUGGAGAAACGUCUCCGCUUGCUGGCAGUUCCGUCGAACCGCCCGCACACAUCGGCACGAUGACGGUCGUUCCGUUGGCUCCGGUUAAACUGCCGAAAAAACCACGCACCCGAUACACCGACUCCGAGCGCGACGGUGGCGACGAUUUGCGGACCUGCGGCGACAGUGGCAUCUCGGAGGAGAGCUUCUACGAGGGCCCACUGCUGAAGUUGCUGUUUUCGCACGUUAAACAAAUGAACACACAACCUUACGAGCUGAACCUGGCCGUCAUAGCGAUCCUCUCCAAGCUGGCCCUAUUUCCCCAUCCCUACCUGCACGAGAUUCUGCUGAACCCCGAGAUACCGGUGGCGACCGGUGCUACCACGCUCUGGUCUGUGAUGCAAUUUCUCGCCCGGCAGCUUCUGUCGGAGAUUCCGCGGGUGGAAAACUUCCAGGAGAAGAUCAAAGACACUGGUAGGCGGUUGCUUUCGAAUCCGCCGCUCUACCACAAGGACUGCGAGGGCGGGGAGCUGGCCGAAAGUGGUGCGGGCGCGAGCCAUUCCACUGAAGAGGAGGACGAAAUCAACGACCCACUGUUCGAGUCGAUCGUCGUGCUGGAGGAGUUUUGCAAAGAGCUUGCAGCAAUUGCCUUCGUAAAGUACCACCACGCCACGGAGCGAACGCCGACCGGUGUGUUCGUCGGUGCAGCCUAAGUAAAGACAAACAAGAUACAUUAGUUCGCAUUACGCUAGUGCAAUGUGAGAAAAAUGAGGAUUUAUGAGUUACAAGCUAGACUUAAAACGUUCCACAAGUUUAACCUUUCUCCCGUAGUUCAACGAAUGUAGUUUUAACGAACUGUGCAAGCUCCGAUCGGCCGACCCUCUCCAGAAGAUCUCUUCCCAGUGCUUAAUCAAUGUAAGCGUUCGCUGUUCUCUUUUUUUCCCCAGGUCGUCCAAAACCAAUUAAAUUAAGUAGCGCAAUCUUCGACGUUUCGAGGACCGAUAGCUAUAAAAGUAUGUGGGAGCGGGUACCAUGUGGUUGUUUAUCAAAUUUGUAUUCUAUCUAGUCGCCAAAAUGAAGGGAAAAGAAAAAAAAUACAAUUGGAACCGAUAAGAGACAGAACCGUUUCUUCCAUCA